AUGUAAAUAAGUAAGUAUUCAUUAUAACAGUAGUUUUGAAAAUCGUCAAUAUUUUUUGAUAUAACGAUUUAUGAUUAUAAAAUAUGGGCAUUGUAUUUGCGUACAGGGUUUAGUUGAGCGUAGUGGGCUGACUUCCCGCGUGAAGAUGAGUAGGAGGUCUCGUUAGGUCUCGCUCGUGCAGAGCUCGUGCUGUGAUGGGACUAUAGUCCGUUAGUAGCCACAGCCUCCUCCUCCACCUCCUCCUCCUCUUCUUCUUCUUCUUCUCCUCCUUCUUCUUCCAUCAUGGCUCCCUCGAUAGACAGACAGGGAUACUGGGGGCAGCCGACCUCAACGCUGGAUUGGUGCGAAGAAAAUUAUGUCGUCUCUUCUUACAUCGCGGAAUUCUGGAAUACUGUCAGCAACCUGAUCAUGAUCCUUCCUCCCAUUUGCGGUGCCAUCCAGACGUAUCGCGACGGCCUCGAGUUUCGCUACAUCUGCUCUUUCCUCGGACUGGCAGCUGUAGGCGUGGGCUCCUGGUUCUUCCACAUGACGCUGCUGUAUGAGAUGCAGCUACUGGACGAGUUGCCAAUGAUUUAUAGUACCUGUGUCUUCGUCUACUGUCUAUAUGAGUGCUUCAAACAAGAGAACAGCAUUAGUUUGUUUCCAAUUGCAUUAUUAAUCAUCUUCAGUGUCUCAGUCACUGUGGUGUAUCUGCAGUGGAAGGAGCCAGUGUUUCACCAGGUCAUGUAUGGCGCACUGGUAGCUUGCCUAGUGAUGCGGUCCAUCUUCAUUGUUACAUGGGUGUACCCCUGGCUCAGGCCACUCUGUUACACCUCCUUGGGUAUCUUCUUGUUAGGAUUCCUGCUGUGGAACAUUGACAAUAUCUUCUGUGACUCAUUGAGAGCUAGUAGACAAAUGCUGCCCCCUGCUGUUGGAGUAGUAACACAGUUCCAUGCCUGGUGGCACAUCUUCACAGGCCUGGGAUCGUACCUGCACAUACUUCUGAGCCUGCAGAUCAGGUCAACCUACCUCAAGUACAGACCAAAUGUAAAGUUCCUGUGUGGAGUUUGGCCCACGUUGCACAUCGAGCCGCAGAAGACGAGCUGAAGUGGAUGCAUGGUGAGCGGCUUGAGGAUGGUGACUGCCACAUCCACACACCAUCAUCAGCACAGGGACCUGCCACUGCCCACUGCUGAGACGGCAGCCCACAGGCAGUGGCACAGGUGGACACUAAAGACACUGUGGGGAUUUACUACAGUACAGUAUAGCUCUGAUUCUAAUUUUAAGAAAUGGAAGAUUUUUUUUCCUCAUCAGUCCUAAUUUAUUAGAUUAGUGUUUUCUUAACUUAAGUGACAUUUUUUUUAAUAUAAUUUGCUCCUUUUUAAUGCAAAUGUAAUUUGUAGUCCACUACAGUGGUGACUGUUGAAGGGAUUAUGGUUGUUAGCUUGAUUAGGGCUUUGGGGAAAAUAAUUUACAUAGUCUAAAUAAUCAUUGUAUGUAGGGCUGCAAGGAUUAAUCCCUCAAUUAUGUUCUCUUCAUUAAUUGAGUACUUGUUUGGUUCUCAAACUUGGAAACAGUGACGUUCUCAAAUGUCCCAUUUUGUCUACACGGGCAAAAAUUACUCAUUUUGAAUGAUUCACAAAGGAACCAGAAAAUAUUCAGGUUUAAGAAGCUGAAGAAUCAAAAAGCUUAUUUCAAUUAUUGGAGAACACCCCCCCCCCAUAAUUGAUAAAUAAUGGAAUAGUCGUUGCAGCCCUAGUUCUAUGUUCAAUCCUGUGAAUGUUUCAAUCCCGUGAAGAUAUUUAAAUAGAUGCAGAACCUGAAGUAUAACUAUGAUAAUUGUAGUAAACCAAAUAGCUGAGCUUUGAGGAUGCGAUCACUACACGACAUACUAACUAACUACCAGCUAGAAAGUGAAAAUGCUACUGAUUUCUUUUUUUUCUUUUUUUUAACUUGAAUGUCUCCAAUCAUAACAUGACAAGACUGGAAUUCUUAAUUUUCUUUUUUUUUAUUCGUUUUUUGUUGUUGUUUUUAUUGUUAUUGCCAAAGUUGCACUGGGAUUUAAAGUGAGCGUUUAACGUGAGAGAAAUGUCGCUAUCUUUACCUCAUAAGAAACAAACUGAGAAAGGCAGCGCUUACAUACAGUCUUGAUCAAAAUCGCGACACUGACUUAAAAUGAUCUAUAUGAGCCGGUAAAACUUUGACACUACAGACAGCAAGUUGUACCACAUUUGUCACCGUCGAUAAAAGAAUAUUCCACACUAAUGCGAGGUCAGUGCCGGACUUUUAGAGCCACCUUUCAAAGCCAAAAGGGAUUUUUCUGUUGACUUGUUUUUCUCUGUUGGGGCUUUUAUAUCUGAAUCGUGAGCUUCUUUUGAGUAAGUGUUAGAAGAAGAAUAAAUAAUGCAAACAUGCGUAGGCAUCACUGGAAAUGCAUCAGGUCAGAGUGUCUUAACUCGAGCCGCUAUUCCGCUCACGUGGAGCGGAAUAGCCAGCGAACUAAGCCAGCCACAACCCAGAAGAUCCACUUUGUUUUCCUUUUGUAAUAGAUUCUAUUUAAAGGACCAAGUGCAUGAAUGGAACAUAUGUGAAUGAUUGCAUCUUCAUCAGCUGCAGGGAACGGGGAUAUGAGACACAGCCAAUUCUGGAAAUUCUUCCUUUUUUUCCAAUAUCUGUCACAGCAGUGACCAGUGUUGUGUCCCUGUCUUAUGUUAUCAUAUACUUCAUACUACUAGAUUGAUUUCUAUUUAUUCACACCGUGGCAUACAGACGAAGAGACAGACAUAAAAGGGCACAUGCACACCUUUCUGUGGUGUGAGACAGUCUCUUAUACAGCCACUAGGUGGCAGAAAUAUCCAGCUUAUUUCAGACAUUGCCAUGUAUGUCAUUUAUGAGCAUUGACAGACUACCUAGCUACUGAAAACAAUGCUUAGGAUCUUUGUCUCAGUUUUCACAUGGUGGAUCUGUAGUGUUGUAUGAAGGGCUUUUUUUUAUUUUAUUUAUUUACAUUUGUUUUGCUACUGUGAAUUUGUAAAUAUGUAACAAUAGACCCUGAAUUAACUGGUGAAGUAGACGUUUGUGUGGCCUCCUAAACUGCUUUGUGCUCUUUUUUUUUUUUUUCAUCUGUUGCGACAACACGUUCUGUUUUUUUUUUCCUUUUGUUUCUCACAAUGCAUACUGGCUGUUUCACUAACUCUUCAAUACGCUAUAACACCUGCUCAGAGCCAGUGUUACAAACAUUCAAAAGCACAGAAAGUACAGUGUGUGUCAGUAAAGUAUUACCGUUGCCGCUUGAAUGUCUGUGUUUGAAAUCGCGUCUCAUCAGUUGUCAAAGAAGGUGCCUUAUUGUUAUCCUCGCAGUGUAAUCCAAGUUGCCUUGAUGUUUGUGAUAAACCCACUCGCGUUGUUCCUCGUGUUUUACAAUGUGCCCUCCCCUCUGGUCAACAGCAGUUAGGAGGACGGACAGUAACAGCCUCUUAAUUCUUUGGCCUUCCAUUCAUUUCAUUAUGUCUAAAACAGCUUAGUUACAUUUGUGCUCAUGAUGCUAUUUGUAGCUCAAAGUGUCCAUACUUAUGUGUUGAGGCCAGAACAGAAUUAUUAUUUUUUUUUUUUUUGUUAAACUUUGGUAAUGUGCCAGUCCUAAAUGAUGCCCUGAAUUGUCAAAUAAAACAAUGUUUCAGACACUUUGUCUCCAGAACAACUUUAUAUUUUUAAUUGUUCACGAGUGUUCACUGCUACAGAGCACGCUUGUAUGUAUUUGUCUUUGCUUCUCAAGCUUACAGU